UUUUCUUUACUCAUAAAAACACAGACCCGAACAACAUCCAUUUCGCGUUUGCUUUAAAGUAAGCAUAGAUCGUUUUUUGUGCUCAGUAGUUUAUAAUUCUAUUUUGAUAAUGCACAGACCGAAUUUCAGACAACCUAGUCCGGGUGGAAUGGGUUCGAGAGGAGGUACUUUCGGAAGCACAACCGGAUUCGACAGUAGUGCGGGCGGGAUCCUUCCCUCGCCGCCGUGGGGUUUCCGUGGUGGUCCCCCUCCGUCGUUUGGAUCACCUAGAUUUGGGCAGUAUGAUUGUGGCUCUCCCAAUACUCCCCCGAGAGACUUUGUUGGUAACUGUAAUAAGAGUUAUCACGGUGGAAGUGGGGGUAAAGGAAGAUUCAACAACAGUGGCUCAUCUCCAACGUAUACUCCGCGUAGACAGAACCAGAGUCCUUGUGGCGCUCCUUACAGAAAUUCCCCAUACAAUUUACAAAGUCCCGGACAACAUAUGGGUUAUCAGGGCUCUCCGCGGCAUUCCACUCCGUUUGGGUCGCGCGGUGGCAGGGACAGGGGCCAGGGGGCACGUGGUGGUGUGGAGAAGUUUUACAACCCCUCUAUGCUGCAGGACCCGUGGGCUAGCCUACAACCAGUACCAGUCACAGAGACAGGCAGCUCCCAACAGCAAGCCACAAACACAGGCAGGCCAGGGAGGUAUUUCAACUAGGACUUUGCCCAGCCACUAGGACAAUGCCUCUGCCCUUUUCGUUCAUAUUAGCCCUAUUGUUUUAUUGGUUUCGGACAAUUGCCAAAACCAGUUCCGCUGGUUGUAGGACUUGCCAUUUGUGAAUGGCAACAUGACCUAUAAAAGACUAGUACAGCAAUCUUUGAAGAUGUCAGAGGAUUCACCAGCAUCUGUCUGUGGCCAUGGACUGACCACUGGCUGAAGCGCUUUUCCAGCAGAUCUUGAUCACACCUUUUUAAACCUGAUUAUGAGACUUCUCAAUUUCAGGGCAACGGCAGCAUACCAAACACAGGGAAAUGUUAAUCAGAUCAAAAUGAAUUUUCUUUUAUCCAUCUGCAGGGUAGUUUGAUACAUGUAUAUCUGUACCUUUUAUGAUAUGUUAAUGGUUCCUCUGUUUUUAACAUUUUGUCAGUGAGUGUACAUAGAAAGGGGCUUUUUAUUUAGUUUUGCCACUCAGAUGUACAGCGCUGAAUGUCUUGAGCUCUACGUGUUUGAGCUCCGAUGUACAGCGCUGAAUGUCUUGAGCUCUACGUGUUUGAGCUCAGAUGUACAGCGCUGAAUGUCUUGAGCUCUACAUUGUUAGUGUUGCAUUGAAGAACUGAUUGGUUGGUGUGGUCUAUGAUGUAUACCUCUUCGUUCUAGACUGAUUUAUACAAUACUUAUAUUUUGUUAAAUGUAUUUUACUGGGAUUUUAAAUUGGGCAAUAUAAACCACAGCUUUAGGUUUCUAGGCCACUGCCUCAGGUUUCUUAAGUGUUUGUAGUAAAUUUACAUGUCGUAGUUUGUGAUUCCCAUAUGCGGCAGACUAAACACAUUUGUAUUCCUCGCAACACAUACACUCUUACGCAUCCAGCAUCUCACACAUAAGUUGUCUACUGGUUUGUAUUAAAUCUUGCUGUUAAAGCUGGAAUCCUUAAUGUAAUUUUUUUUGGGACCAAUCUGUUAGUGUAUACCUUUUUAUUCUGGAAGAAAACUGAUUCAUGAGCUUAUGAUUCAGAACCCCCGCCCUCCGAUUUUACUAGAAAGGUUGUAAACAAGAUAAAUACAAAACAACUGAAGCCUCUGCAGAAGGGAAACUCCUGGGGGAUUGUAACAAUGGCUCAGUACUUGCAUGUUACUGCAAUUAUUUAUUUACAGGUUACUAACUGGAUGUUGGUUACGAUUAUCCUAGUUUUGACAAAAAAACAUAAAAGACUAAGUGUCAGACCAGCUAGGCCAGGCUGAUAGGGUCAGGACAGCUUGUUGGUAAACCUGAGGCAGGGACUCGUGAUGGUCACCCAAUUAUUUAUGAGAAGGAGAAAUAACAUUAUGACUGAACUAAAGUGAUUCCCCUUAACGCUCAGUGCCUACAACAAGGCUGCUGUUCCUCACAUGGAGUUUACAGGACCUACUUUAUGAAUUCCAUUGUAAUGUACAUUGUUCCAAUUAAGGAUUCUGGCUUUCAUCUGGAAUAAGACACACACGAAGAGGCAGAGACAUUAACA